AUGCGUGCACCUGAAGAUGCGGCGGUAAAGGCCCCGCUCCAUCAUACGGACGUGCUGCCGCCGGCGCCGGAGCCGCCCAACUUCGCGGGGCAGGCGGGCGGGCGGUUCCUGCCGGACCGGCGGGCCCCCGGCCCCGGGGCGUGGACGCUGGAGGAGAACAAGCUGUUCGAGCGCGCGCUGGCGCGGGUGGACUGGGACGCGCCCGACCGGUGGGAGCGCGUCGCCGCGCUGCUGCCGGGGCGGAUGGUGUCCGACGUCGUGGCGCACUACGACGACCUCGAGAACGACGUCUGCUUCAUCGAGGCCGGGCUCGUGCCCUUCCCCCACUACGGCGGCGGGUCGGCCGCCGGGUUCACCUUCGACUGGGACGGCGGCGACGACGCCGCCGGCGGCCUGGGCUUCAAGCGCUCCUGCUACAUGGCCGGCGUCAAGCGCGGGCGCGGCCCGGACCAGGAGCGCAAGAAGGGCAUCCCCUGGACGGAGGAGGAGCACAAGCUGUUCCUGAUGGGCCUGAAGAAGUACGGGCGCGGGGACUGGAGGAACAUCUCGCGCAACUUCGUGACGACCCGGACGCCGACGCAGGUCGCCAGCCACGCGCAGAAGUACUUCAUCCGCCUCAACUCCGGCGGCAAGGACAAGCGCCGCUCCAGCAUCCACGACAUCACCACCGUCAACCUCCCCGACGAAGACGGCGGCAACCCCUCGCCGUCGCCGCCCUCCGUGCUCACCGCCGCCUCGUCCACCGGCGGCCCCGUCAUCUCCGAGCAGUUCGGCGUCCUCGUCGACAGCAGCCCCGCGCCGGCGCACCACUUCAUGCCGCACCCCUACGGCCACGUGAAGCUCGAGCCCGGCAACUCCGGCUUCCUGGACGACUCUGUUCUGAUGCAGAUGCAAUGCGGCCAGCUGCAGCCUCUCGGCUGACCGGCUGGUUCUCGAGCUGCAACAAUGGCAAAAGGAGGAAAACAAAGCUCUCAUCUCUGGCCAUGCACGAGGAGGGAAUCACCCCGUUGCGCGUGCCUGUUGUUGAUUCCAAACAGGCAAGCAGCAUCUGGGUACAACACGUUGGAUCAUACAGCUACGAGCUCAGCGCAACUCGCAGCCGAGCUCCGGUUCUCUGCCGUGCCGAGUGCUCCGGAGAUGAGAGCAAGAACAGUAGAAGCAAAAUGGACGAUGCCAUUCCUGCAUCAUUCCGCCUCUGUGUACAUAAGAGCCCAACGCCCGCGGUGAAAUAAUUUUCGAUUGGAAUUGGUUUCCUGUGUUGUGGGAGGCACGGGAGAGUGUACUGCUAGAUGCUCUGAUUACGCUAGCUUUUCUUCUGUAAUGAUGCGUCAUGGAUAUUGGAUCGGUUAAUGUCAUGUGUUUGGUAUAGCAAGUAGCAUCAGCAGCGUACUGUUUGGUGUGUGUUUUUUGUAAGGGUUGUUUAUCUUUCAAGCUGGGGGUGUGUAUUAGUAGCAUCGGUCACACUCUCAUGGACCUGUGCUUUUGUUACAAAUAAUGAUGGCGAUGAAAUGAUUGUAGUAGUAGUUUUCAUCA